GAUACCAUUACAUGGACGUGGAAAGGUCCCGGAGCGUUUCACAUUUUGUGGCUCACUCUGUGUCAGCCUCAUAACUCCAUUGAGAUUGAGUACUUGCCUGUUUACAGUCCAUCGAACGAGGAGAAAGAAAACCCCGCGCUGUUCGCCAGCAACGUCAGAAAGCUCAUGGCCAAGGCGUUGGACCUGCCGCUCAAAGACCUGUCCUUUGAUGACAUUGAGAUCAGCCUAUCGCGCGGCCCUCUGGGCAUAUAUGAUUAUCGCAGCCUCCUAGAGUUCAACCAGCUAAUAUGUCGUUUAGG